GGUAUCCCCGGGUUCAGCACCGUGGACAGCUCCCUUUCUCCACCCUUAAACCGCCGCCUGCGGUUUCAUGGUCAAACACAAAGUGGGACACCGAGAAGUCGGCUGAACACAUGAGAGACUGCGAUUUGGGAGAUUUUACCCCUUUUCUUUUUUUAACACCCGAGCGACGGAUGUGACAGUGUUGAAUAGUGUUUUGGGAGUCAGGGGAACGACGCUGAAACAAUGAUCUCACGGUAUAAACCGAGUCCCGGUUCCACCAUGUCUCUGGCGUUCUGUGGGAACGAGAAUAACUCGGUGGCCUACAACGUCGACAGGGGGGUUCUGAACAACGGCUGUUUCCUGGAUGCCCUCAAUGUGGUGCCACAUGUCUUCCUCCUCUUCAUCACCUUCCCCAUCCUCUUCAUCGGCUGGGGCAGCCAGAGUUCAAAGGUCCACAUCCAUCACAGCACGUGGCUUCACUUUCCCGGUCACAACCUGCGCUGGCUGCUCACCUUCGUCCUGCUCUUCAUCCUCGUCUGUGAGAUUGCAGAGGGCAUUGUCUCUGAUGGGUUCAACCAGUCCCUCCAUCUUCACCUGUACAUGCCUGCAGCUCUGGCCUUCAUGGCCGGCAUCACCUCUAUUGUCUACUAUCAUAACAUAGAGACCUCCAACUUCCCCAAACUUCUAUUAGCUCUGCUGAUCUACUGGGUGCUGGCCUUCAUCAUGAAGACCAUCAAGUUUUCCAAGUACACCGAGCAUGGCAUCGGCCCCCCGCAGCUACGCUACUGCAUCACCGGCCUGCUGAUGCUGCUGUAUGGACUCCUGCUGGCUGUGGAGAUCAAUGUCAUCCUGGGACGGCGCUACAUGUGUUUCGCCAACCCCACAGAGGUGAAGCCCCCCGAGGACCUCCAGGACCUGGGUGUUCGUUUCCUGCAGCCCUUCGUCAACCUGUUGUCCAAAGCCACCUACUGGUGGAUGAACACCUUCAUCACCAGCGCUCACAGACGACCCAUCGACCUCAAGGUCAUUGGCAAACUGCCCAUCGCCAUGAGAGCCCUCACCAAUUAUAUAAAGCUGCGGAAAGCCUUUGAGGACCAGAAGAAGCCUGAGGGUACAGCACCCCAGGGCCCAAAGUGGAUCUGGCAGGCCUUGAGGAAAGCAUUCGGCAGACCUCUCAUCCUCAGCAUCACAUUCCGCUUCCUGGCUGACCUCCUGGGCUUUGCCGGCCCUCUCUGCAUCUCCGGCAUCGUCCACCACAUCAGCAAGGACAACCGGGCCAUCGCGCAGCCGAUGAGUUUGCUGGGGAUCUAUUUUAUUUCCUCCAAGGAGUUUCUGGAGAAUGCGUAUGUGCUCGCUGUGCUGCUUUUCUUUGCCCUGCUCCUUCAGAGGACCUUCCUCCAGGCCUCCUAUUAUGUGGCCAUUGAGACCGGCAUCAACCUGCGCGGGGCCAUUCAGACUAAAAUCUACAACAAGAUCAUGCGUCUCUGCACCUCCAACAUGUCGAUGGGCGAGUUAACGGUUGCUCAGAUCUGCAACUUGGUCGCCAUAGAUACCAACCAGCUGAUGUGGUUCUUCUUUCUCUGUCCUAACCUGUGGGCCAUGCCAGUGCAGAUUAUUGUGGGAGUGAUCCUGCUCUACUACCUCUUGGGAAUCAGUGCCUUGAUUGGAGCGACCGUCAUCGCUGUGUUAGCUCCUGUUCAAUACUUUGUGGCCACCAAGCUGUCCCAAACACAAAAGAGCACCCUGGAAUACUCCAGCGAGCGUCUAAAGAAGACCAAUGAGCUGCUGCGGGGCAUCAAGCUGCUGAAGCUGUACGCCUGGGAGCACAUCUUCUGUGACAGUGUGGAGGAGACGAGGGUCAAAGAGCUCACCAGCCUGCAGGCCUUCGCUCUCUACACAUCCAUAUCCAUUUUCAUGAAUGCAGCUAUUCCCAUUGCAGCUGUCCUGACGACGUUUGUGGUUCAUGUUCACAUCUCUGAGGACGCGGAUCUGUCCCCAGCUGUGGCCUUUGCCUCUCUGUCCCUCUUUCACAUCCUGGUCACCCCCCUCUUCCUGCUCUCCAGCGUGGUGCGCUCCACCGUCAAGGCUCUUGUUAGUGUUCAGAAGCUCAGUGAGUUUUUCUCUAGCGAUGAGAUUGGAGACGAACAGGAGCCCAGAGCCAUGGUCACCUCUGGCUCCAGCAAUCACAACCAAAAUAGAUACCAGGCUGUGCCCCUGAAGGUGGUGAACCGGAAACGCCCCCCGAGGGACGACUGGAACAACUACAGCUCACAGGGGGACAACGAGGGCGACGGACCCUACCAGGAUGUGGACCAAGACAUCUGUUUCAAGAUAACUAGCGGUUAUUUCACCUGGACUGACGGACCACCGACACUUUCUGAUGUGAACAUUAAGAUUCCUUUCGGUAAGCUGACGAUGAUUGUGGGCCAGGUGGGUUGUGGGAAAUCGUCUCUGUUGCUGGCAGCACUGGGAGAGAUGCAGAGAAUUUCAGGAACAGUCACCUGGAACAGCCUGCCAAACCUGGAGUCUGAGGGAGAUCAAAGUCCCACAGACAGAGAUGCGGCAGGUGAUGGAGAGGUCAGGAAGAGAGGUGCUGUGGCCUACGCUUCCCAGAAGCCCUGGCUGUUGAAUGCAACGCUGGUGGAGAACAUCACCUUUGAGAUGCCCAUGAUCAAACCAAGGUACAAAGCUGUCAUCGAGGCCUGCUCUCUCCAGCCUGACAUUGACAUCCUCCCACAAGGGGACCAGACAGAAGUUGGAGAGCGGGGUAUCAUCCUGUCAGGGGGACAGAAACAGCGUAUCAGUGUAGCCAGAGCCUUGUAUCAGCAGACACACGUGGUCUUUCUGGAUGACCCCUUCUCUGCCUUAGACAUCCAUCUGAGUGACCAUCUGAUGCAGGACGGCAUCCUCAAGCUCCUGAGAGAGGAGAAGAGGACGGUGGUGUUGGUCACACACAAACUUCAGUAUCUACCACACGCAGACUGGAUCAUUGCCAUGAAAGAUGGCACUAUCCAGACUGAAGGGACUCUGAAAGACAUCCAGAACUCUGAACCUGAACUCUUUGAGCAGUGGAAAACCCUGAUGCACAGACAAGACCAGGAGUUUGAAACGCAGACGGAUGCAGCGAGUAUGACGGACAUGGAGAGAAAAAACCUGCGGAGGGCCAUGUACUCCAGAGAGGCGGCCCGGACUGAAGCAGACGAAGAAGAGGAAUCCGUGGAGAGUGACGAUGACGACAACCUGUCCCAGGUGAUGCGUCAGCGCGCCACCAUCCCCUGGCGCUCCUGCGGCACCUACCUGUCCUCCGCCGGGGUCCUCCUGCUCACCCUGCUCCUCCUGUCACAGCUCCUCAAACACACCCUCAUGGUUGCCAUCGACUACUGGCUGGCACACUGGACGUCACACGUCAUCAAGGACAAGAUCUUAGCAAAAGAUCGGAACUGUACCGUCGUUCAGAGCUGUAGGCCCUUCAGUCAUUCGUGGUAUCUGUCGGUGUUCAGCGUGCUGUGCUGCCUGGGUAUCAUACUGUGUCUGGCCACCUCCGUGGCUGUGGAGUGGACCGGCCUCAAAGUGGCCAAAGAGCUCCACCAUGACCUGCUCAAUAAGAUCAUCCUGGCACCCAUGAGGCUGUUUGAGACGACACCGCUGGGCAGCAUCCUUAACAGAUUUUCCACGGACACAAACACAAUCGACCAGCACAUCCCCACUACGCUGGAGUGCCUCUCCCGCUCCACCCUGCUGUGUGUGUCUGCUCUGGGCGUCAUCUCAUACGUGACCCCGGUCUUUCUCUUUGCCCUCCUGCCGCUGGCCGUGGCCUGCUACUUCAUACAGAAAUACUUCCGGGUGGCCUCCAGGGACCUGCAGCAGUUGGAGGACAGCACCCAACUCCCGUUACUGUGCCACUUCUCUGAGACAGUGGAAGGCCUCACCACUAUCAGGGCCCUCAGGUAUGAGCCCCGGUUCAGACAGAGGUUACUGCAGUUUACUGAUGCCAACAACAUCGCCUCUCUCUUCCUCACAGCAGCCAACCGUUGGCUGGAGGUCCGCAUGGAGUAUAUUGGAGCCUGUGUGGUGCUGGUGGCAGCUGUAGCCUCCAUCACUAACGCUCUCUACAGCGAGCUGUCCACCGGGUUGGUGGGGCUGGGCCUGACCUACGCACUCAUGGUGUCCAACUACAUGAACUGGAUGGUGCGUAACCUGGCAGACAUGGAAGUACAGCUUGGCUCGGUGAAAAGGAUUAACGGCCUGCUCAAGACUGAACCAGAGAAUUACGAGGGACUGCUCACAGUGUCUCAGGUCCCUGACGGCUGGCCCCGACAGGGAGAGAUCAAGAUCCAGAAUCUGAGCGUCCGGUACGACGCCACGCUGAAGCCAGUGCUCAAAAAUGUCAAUGCACACAUCGACCCUGGGCAGAAGGUGGGGAUCUGUGGCAGGACAGGAAGCGGCAAAUCUUCGUUCUCCUUGGCUUUCUUCCGCAUGGUGGACAUGUUUGAGGGGAGGAUUGUCAUCGAUGACAUCGACAUUGCCAAGCUGCCUCUGCAGACCCUCAGGUCUCGCUUGUCCAUCAUCCUCCAAGACCCCAUCCUGUUCAGCGGCGCCAUCCGGUUCAACCUGGACCCAGAGAUGAAGGCUACAGAUGAGAUGCUGUGGGAAGCUCUGGAGAUCGCUCAGCUGAAGCCGGUUGUUAAAUCUCUUCCAGGAGGCCUGGAUGCCAUGGUGACGGAGGGAGGAGAAAACUUCAGCCAGGGUCAGAGACAGCUCUUCUGUCUUGCCAGAGCCUUCGUCAGGAAGAGCAGCAUCCUCAUCAUGGAUGAAGCCACUGCGUCCAUCGACAUGGCAACGGAGAGCAUCCUGCAGAAAGUGGUGAUGACUGCAUUUGCUGACCGAACAGUAGUUACUAUAGCACAUCGCGUCCACACCAUCCUGAAUGCCGACCUGGUGAUUGUGAUGAAGCGGGGGAUCAUCCUGGAGCACGACAGGCCCCAGGCCCUGCUGGACAAGGAGGACAGCGUCUUCACCUCCUUCGUGCGAGCAGACAAGUAGCACAAGAAGAGACAGAGAGAAGGAGAGCAUUAGAGGAAGACAUUCAAAGUGCAAUUGUCCCAUG